GAGUGAGUGAGACUGACUUAUGAGCGAGAGUGAGGGCGAGAGAAUAUGUAUGUGUGUGUGCGUGAGUGCGUGUGCGUGUGCGUGUGAAUGGGGAGCGAGACAGCGGCGCAUCACAGGGCGUCCACACUUCAGCGAGAGGCGUCACACUCACAAUUUCACUCUUUCCCGUCACACUUUACAAGUCCAGAUCAGCGAAAUGUCUUCCCCAAGCAGCCUGACCCCAGACAGCCCCAACAAGGGCUUUCUGCUGCAGGUGCCGUCCCCCAUUGUCACAAGACGCAACCGCACAAAGUCCACGACGGAAAUUGCCAACUCAAACCCAGAGGUGAAAGGAAAGGUGAAAUACUUCUGUCGAACCAAAGGCCAUGGUUUUAUCACACCUGAUGAUGGAGGAGUUGACAUCUUUUUGCAUAUUUCCGACAUUGAAGGAGAAUACAUUCCACUUGAAGGCGAUGAAGUUACUUACCGCCUGUGUCCCAUCCCACCGAAGCGGGAAAAGUAUCAGGCAACGCAUGUGCGCAUCGUCAACUUCACCCCAGAGGUCCACCAUCGCUGGGAUUGCUUGCCCUCCGAAGGACAUUAAAGCAGCAUAUAUGUUAUUUUCCUCUCCCAAUUCAUUGCUAAAUAAUAAACCUAUCAAAAUAAAUGGAGUGGAAUGGUGUAACUGUGGUUAGCAGCCCAUUGUAUGUUAGAAGAAAAUAUAAAUGAAUAACCAGUUAGAAUAAUGGUGAUACUGAGAAUGACAAUAAUGCUAAUAAAAGCAAGGCUGUAAGUUAAUGUUAAAGUUACCGUUGUUCAACUGAUGUUGACAGGUUGUAUUUAGUGAUUUUUCAUGUGCCUGAUUUCUGCAUUUUUUUACUCAGAUAAUGACAGAUAAAAAUGAAAAAUGAUAAUGGUAUUAUGACAAAUUAAAGUAGGUAAUUUAAUUAUUGUAUAUAAUCAAAGCCUUUUGACUUUUAAGACAUGCUGUUUAAAUGAUUUACAAUUUUUUCUCUAUGAAUGAUAACUGAGUAGUAAUACUGAAUUAUAGGAAGUUCAAAUUCUACCUAAUAUAUAAUUACAAUGUUUUAUGAGUAUAUGGAGAUUAUUAACUUUUGGAGUGAAUGCUCAUGUGCAGAAUCUUGUGUUCCUCAUUUUGCACAAUGUCAUACCAGAUGUAGAGGGAUGAAGUCUGCUGAGAUUAACACAAAAAUAUACUCCUGUGCCAAUAUUAACUUAGGCAAUAUUUAUGUAAGGCAUUUUUUAAAAAGGAACUUUUAAAACACAUUCAUCAAAACCUAAAGUUGCACAUACUCCAUUAUUUGGUUUUUAGAUUUUUCAUAGAUUUUUUAGGGUAACGUAUAACAGUUUUGCUAUGAUUUUGAUGGCAAGUUUAACACUUAAAUGUGCAUGCCAGUGAUGUAUUGUAGUCUGCCUAACUAGAAUAUAAACUUUUGCAAUGCAUUGUGGAAAAAAGGCAUUUGGCCACUUUUUUCUUUGUUUAUGAUAAUCUAAAUGAAAGACAGGCUUCACUGCAUAACUGAAAUAAAUUUGAAGAAGAGGAGAAAGUAAUGGUUUUUUGUUGUAAGAAUGCCUACAGUGUGGAUCUGUUUGGAUAUUUGGCAGAGCUGCAUAAAGGUGACUUUAAAUAUCAUUUCACAAGUUUUUGCAAAUUAUGCUCAAGUCAUUUUUUUUUUUCCAUGAUGGUUAAAAGGUUAUGGAGAAAGUACCCACAUGCUGCAAAAAAUAGGUGAAUUGCAUAUUUGCAUUUGGUUUGAAGCUGAUUUUUGAUGGCUCCCAAAAUGGCUGAUGUUUAUUAAUGACUGCUGCUCAGGGUGAACUCAAAGGUGUUUCAUGAUUAUAGAUACAGUCUGUAGGUUGUUUAUAUCAUAGUUUAGUUAUCAUUUGCAUUUCAGAUAUAUUAAUGCUAUAGAUUGGAGAGAUUAUUGUACAUGGAGGUAUUACAGUCAAAUUUCUCUUGUCCUUUGGAUUUGAGAUAGCAGUCUUUAGAUUCAGUGCAGAUACUGAAAAUCACUAGCACAAUAUCUUCAUGACAGUAGAUUUAUUGCUGCAGUGAAUGAGGACAGAUUUAAAAGGAUGAAUGAUUUAGUUGCGUUAAUCAGGGAAGGGAGAUUGUUCUUUUCCCCUGGACCAGAUGUUCAGUAAUAAUAGAUCAAAAUGUUCAGUAAUAAUAGAUCAAAAUGCUAUUGAAAUACAUUAUUUGGAAUGGGUUUGAUAUCUAUUUAGCUUUGAUCCUUACUAUAGGAAUUCCUAGUAUGAUAAAAAGUUGACAAUAAGAUGUCAGCUGCAUGAAGUUGAAUUGCUUAUCUCUAUCCAGUAGGCAUUUUGGCUUGAAAAAUGGUGCAUGUGUAAAUUAUAUGAGCAUAAUGCAUGUCCUGUUGGUGAAGAAGUGGGUUUUAAGCUGAAACACAAAUGUGAAAAUAACCAGAUUUCUCUUCUCCAUUAGGAAUUAAAACAAAACAAAACAAAAAAAAUACAGUACAAGAGUCAUUAAAAAAUUGAUGUGCUUCACAAAGCUGUCUUUUGACGACAAAAGCAGCAUUCCUUUCAUGAGUGAGAAUAUUAUUAGUGGAUUUGCUAUGUAUGUAAUACCUAUGGGUAUAUCUUUGUAAUUCAGAGAAACUUUGCAUGUAUUUAAAUGGAAUGUUGACAGUGUCUGUCUUUUUCAUUAUAUUAAACAUUACAUGAAUGAAAAUGAAUAUUUGUGUGUUGAUUAAAUCUUCAUCAGAAAUCCAUGUAUUUCUAAUGAAAAUUUAAUCAAAACAUGUUAGAUACAUUUCUUUCACUAUGAAUUCAUUCUCAUUCAUACCAUUCUACGUGUGUAACAGUAAAAUCUGUUUAUUAAGUAUUAAGUUUGCCUGACUGAUCCAUAGAUAUGCAUAAUGUGGUCAGUACCUGUUGCCUUCUGACUGCAGUCUUAAAGUUGCUAAUUAUGGUUUCUAGAAUGUUUUGUUCCUCAAGAAUUGCACAUCCUUCCACAUUCUAUCUUUGUCUUGUCGAUAAGUUGCCAAAGCUUAAAGUUAGAAUAGAUUUAUUUUUUGUGUACAUUUUAUUUUAUUUUAUUUUUUGGUAAAUUACAGUUGUCUAUAUGCUAAAUUUGUUCAUAUUUACCGCUGUGUUACUGAAUAUUUUGUAAUAUUAUUUUUUGUUAUGAUUUAUUUGGUUAUAGUUUAUGGUUAAUUGGUGUUCUGUGGUUAUAUGAAAAUGUUAAAGCUGCAAGAUGUGUUCUAGUUUUAGUUUACAGUGUCAUGUGGAUUUAGCACAAACUGUAACUCCUAUAUUGUUUUUAAGGAGUUCAUAUAACAAUAAAAUCUUUUUUUUUGCAA